GAGAAAAUUAUGACAAUUAGUCAACAAUAAUUGAAAAAAAGAAGAAAUCACGUAGUGAGAAUUAUAAAAAACUUAUGAAAAUAAAGUUAGUGAAUUUGACUUCGUUUUCAAUGAGUGACGCCGCAGCCAUGUUUGUUUUAGUUUUCGGGGGGAUGAAAAGUGAACGCGAGUGUGUGUCGUUUUAAAUCAAAAAGUUUUGCUGGUUUAUCAGGCUAUUGUACUUUAUGGAAGGCUGACAUUAUCACCGCUGAACUUUCAGUGAUGGAAAUAUAAUAGAAGUAUAUUGAAAUGUGGUUAAGAAGUGAGCAUGUGAGUCGAAGGCUGCGGGGCCGUUUAGGCACCAAUAGUGUGCAAGGUGCAAAGGUUUCUGGAAGACGAGUUCAAUCGGGAACGGUGAGAAAAGUACCGGCUAUCAACAAUAGUAGUCAGCGUGUUAAUACUUCAAGUAGAUGCGGUAGAUUGUCACGUUGGAGGCGACGUUCACCAAAUUUUCUCAAGGAGGCUUGUAAGGAAAACGUUUUACAUUUUGCUAAAGCCGCACCAAUAAGACGUGAGCGCGGACCACGUCGUCGAAAAUGCAUCAAAAGAUCAAUGGUCACUUCAACGCCGUUACAUCGUUCUGCACCUAAAGAUGUAACCAUUCCUUCAAAGUCAGCAAAAGUAUCAAAACCAGCCGAUGAAUCGAAGGAAAAUUGGAGUUUAUCGACACUAUCAGUUUAUCCUACACCAUUAAGUGUUACAGAAUCAGUGAAUUCAGCCGCUUCUCAGGAUAAUAAAAUUUCUUCCAACGGUCUAUCAUUGACCGAGCUAAUGCCGUCGCCAACCGAAGGACCACAUCCCGAUCUUUCUUAUCUUCUCGACGAAGAGGGAAAUAGAACAAAUGACAUUCUUUCGUUACAUUAUUCAGCAGUAUGCUCAACAAACGAAACUUCCGAGGAAUAUUACAGUGUAAUGCAUUCGUCAUCAAUUUACAAUAAUCGUUCAUCUUUCUCAAAUGAAAGAUACUAUCCAAAUUCCAAGUUUUCCUUUAUCAAUAAUAAUGAGAGCAAUAAUAGUGAAAAGCAAGUUGAAAGUGAGUCUUCUAAAUAUGAGUCUACCAUGUAUUCGAGCUCAAAAUACAGCAGUGUACAAAGUAUCUAUUCAGUUAAUACGAAUCAUACGUCUGAUACAAAUUGCGAUGAAAGAUAUAGUAACGAGGAAAUUGAGGGUGAAUAUAAUGAUGUGAAAUACAUUGAAGUUGGAGGUGAGGAAAUUGUCGAGAGUUGUGAUGUCGAUACAAUGGUGACACACGUUCAAGACGAUUGGGAGCCAUUUGAUCCUUAUGUAUUCAUUAAGCAUUUACCACCACUCACACCGGCAAUGCGAGCACGAUGUCCCGCUCUUCCGCUUAAAACACGAAGUAGUCCCGAAUUCAGUUUAGUUUUGGACUUGGAUGAAACUCUCGUUCACUGCAGUUUACAGGAACUCACCGACGCGGCAUUCCGCUUUCCGGUUGUAUUUCAAGAUGUCACGUAUACGGUUUUCGUGAGAACUCGACCAUUUUUUCGUGAAUUUUUAGAACACGUUUCAUCACUUUACGAGGUGAUUUUAUUUACAGCGAGUAAACGAGUCUACGCUAAUAAAUUAAUGAAUCUCCUUGAUCCAACAAGAAAAUUAAUUAAAUAUCGUCUAUUCCGAGAGCACUGCGUAUGCGUUAAUGGUAACUACAUCAAGGAUUUGUCAAUUCUUGGAAGAGACUUAUCCAAAACUGUGAUCAUCGAUAAUAGUCCACAAGCCUUUGGCUAUCAAUUGGAAAAUGGAAUACCGAUUGAAAGUUGGUUUGCUGAUCGUUCUGAUAACGAACUAAUGAAACUUUUGCCGUUUUUAGAAAAUCUGGUUCAUUGGGGUGGAGACGUAAGACCGCACAUUAGAGAUCAAUUUCGUCUUUUCAGUUUUCUACCACCAGAUUAACUUUAAAGUGAAAUUAUUUCUUAAAGAAAAUAAUUAAAUUUGCCACAACUGAUGAGAGAAGAGUAUUUACCUAUCAAUUUAAAAGCGAUUGUUGGUCAUUUAAUGGUAAAGUAGAAUAAGCAUAGAAUUAUUCUCCACUCCGAGGAAUGUAAAUAUUUCUUUCUAAAAGCAUUUUCGUGAGAAAAAGAAAAAGAAAAUUUUUCCAUUUUCCUAGUUUGCUGAAACAAAAAAAAAUUAAAUUCUAUCAUUGUCCCAAGGCUUUUAGCAAGAAAUAUUUCAUACGCUUUAAUCGCAAUAUUAAAAAGAAAAAAAUGUUACAUGCGAGGUGAGCUUCCAAAAGGAAAUAAUGUUUUUAAGUUCCAUGACUCAAGUUCUCCUGAGACAAACUGGUUUUUGUUUCUCAGGCAUUGAAAUAUUGUUUUUAUUUUAAAACAAAAAAAAAUAGAGAAUUAUUUAUAAUUCCUUGAGAAAAGCACCUCCGUGAAAAUAGUAAAAUAUCAUUAAAUUUAAAAAUAAAUUUACGUAAAUUUUGACUAAUCGUCAAAGAAUAUAACAGAGCGACAUGUUCUUUAAAGCUUCCGAAAUAAGCAGCAUAUACAUGUUUUUUUUAAGUACAUUUUAAAAGCUUCUUUUUAUAUUUAGAAAUAUUAAGUAUUUUAUAGAAAGACAUUUUUUCUGCUUAGUAGUCUCGCCAAGAAUACUAUAAAAAAAAGAUCAAUUUAUAAUUAAUUUUAGCAAAAAAGU